AUGACUGCUGUCAGAACUUUGUUAGCCAUUGCUGAUGUUAAGAAUUGGCAUCUUAUUCAACUUGAUGUCAACAAUACUUUUUUGCAUGGUGAUCUUUUGGAGGAGGUAUACAUGAAGUUACCUCUUGGUUUUCGUGUUAAAAGGGGGUCACAAUCCAAAUCUGAUUAUUCCUUAUUUACUAACUCCACUAGUCAUUCUUUUAUUGCUCUAUUGGUUUAUGUUGAUGAUAUUUUGAUAGCUAGUAGUGAUUUGGAAGCUAUGAAGUCUUUGAAAUCUUUACUUAAUGCUAAAUUCAAGCUCAAGGAUCUUGGUUCCCUCAAGUAUUUUCUUGGCUUAGAGGUGGCCAGAUCACCCAAUGGCAUUUCACUGUGUCAGCAAAAAUAUGCUCUUGAAAUUUUACAAGAUGCUGAUUUUUUAGCAUGUAAACCAAUAUCUUUCUCUAUGGAGCAAAAUUUGAAGCUUAGUAAAGAUGAUGGUGACUUGCUGCCAAAUCCUACAGUAUUUCGGAGGUUAAUUGGUAGGCUUCUCUACCUUACAAUUACAAGAUCAUAUUUGUGUUACUCAAUUGAGAGACUUAGUCAAUUAAUGGAUCAACCUAGACUACCUCUUCUGAAUGAAGCUCAUAGGAUUUUGCAAUAUGUUAAAAAUACUCUUGGUCUUGGUCUAUUUUUUCCAGCUCAUAAUUCACUAACAAUCAAGGCUUUUGCAAAUUCAAACUGGGCUUCUUGUCCUGACAGCAGAAUAUCUACCAUUGGUUUCUGUGUUUUUCUUGGUGACACAUUGAUCUCUUGGAAAACUAAGAAACAGCAUAAUGUUUCUCGUUCUUCAGUUGAGACUGAAUAUAGGGUCAUGGCAUCCACUACUUGUGAAAUAGUUUGGCUUCUAACCCUUCUAUCUGAUUUUCACGUUUCUCAUUCUCAUAGUGCUCAGCUUUUUUGUGACAGUCAAUAUGCUCUACACAUCACUGUCAAUCCAGUCUUUCAUGAACGGACUAAGCACAUAGAGUUAGACUGUCAUUUCAUCCGAGACAAAAUACAAGCUGAAGUCAUCAAAACAUUUCAUCUUUCUUCCCUGCACCAACUUGCAGAUGUUCUUACCAAGCCUCAUGGCUCUCAACAAUUUCAGUUUUUAAUCACCAAGAUGGGAGUUCAUUCCAUUUACUCUCCAUCUUGA